GGGGAGGGAACAGAAACAACAAAAUGAAAAAGGUAUUAUAAAGGCUCCUUAUUUGGUUUGUGCAAUAACAAAAUAUACAAAGGAGAAGAAGUAUAAAUCGUCGUUGAAGAAGAAGACAAUAUGGCGGUAAAGGAUAAAUGCGAAGAAGCCAUUGCUGGACUUGAGAAGCUUCUUAGUGAGAAUAAAAGUCUAAAUGCAGUUGCCGCGGCCAAGAUCGAACAGAUAACAGCUGAACUGCUGCAACUACAGACUGCUAAAACUACUACUGAUGGUGAAGCCGAAAACGGUUUCUGUCCGAUUAACAGGAUGAAAACUGGAUUCAUCCAAUUCAAAAAGGAAAAAUACGAGGCUGAUACAGAACGGUAUGGGGAACUCUCAAGGGGCCAGAGCCCCAAGUUCCUGGUGUUUGCAUGCUGUGACUCUCGGGUGUGCCCUUCCCACAUCUUGGGAUUCCAACCAGGAGAGGCUUUCAUUGUGAGAAACAUUGCUAAUAUGGUUCCACCCUAUUGCCAAAACAGGCAUACUGAAGUUGGAGCUGCCAUAGAAUAUGCUGUCUUGAAUCUCAAGGUUGAGCAUAUUGUGGUGAUCGGACACAGCCUUUGUGGCGGGAUCAAAGGACUUAUGGCUCUUCCAGAGGAUGGCUCCACCUCUACUGAUUUCAUCGAAGAAUGGGUCAAAAUCGGUUUACCAGCCAAGGCCAAGGUCAAGGCCAAGGCCGCUGGCGGUGAUGUAUCGACUUCAGACCUACACGAAGAGUGUGAGAAGGAGGCGGUGAAUGUAUCCCUUGGUAACCUUUUGACGUACCCAUUCGUGAGAAAUGCAUGCAUUGACAAAGUGUUAGAUUUAAAGGGAGGUCAUUAUGAUUUCGUCAAGGGGUAUUUUGAUGUCUGGGACUUCGAGUCUGGAGUCUCCUCAACACCCACCGUAUGAAAACUACUACAUCUCUUGUUCUCUGCAGUAGCCAUAAUUUGUUUCAAGUGUGGUAAAUUUAUGUAAUAAAAGUUCGUGCAUACAUGCGUAUAGGCUGUUGGCUGCCUUUUUUCUUUAAGCACUUCGAUUGCUUUAUAAGUGUCGAUCAAGUUAUAAAGUGUUUUAAUUAAGACUAAACAUAUCAAACUAUACCGUGUUUCAUAUUUCAAAAUUUGAUGCAAUUUUAUUAAAUUAUAUCGGUA